AUGGCCUCCUCUGCCACUACUGAGUCUCUAAAAGACCAAACAUCUUCCCGACCAGCCCGCAUCCCCUACUGGCGUGUUCUACUCGACUCCGGCGCCAUCACCGACAACAUCAUCCACUACCCCUACAGCGGGGCCGGCACGUCCGAUGACCCCUACAUCGUGGAGUGGAUCCACGACGAUCCGCGCAACCCGAUGCUCAUCUCGAAGCCCCGGAAAUGGGCCUUUACCAUCAUCGCCGCCUUUGCCACCUUCGGCGUGUCCAUGGCCUCGUCGGCGUAUGCGGGGAGUAUCGACCAAAUCAUCGAGUCCUUCGGGAUCGGCACCGAGGUCGCAACGCUCGGCGUCUCGCUGUUCGUGCUGGGGUCUGCGGUGGGCCCGCUGGUGUGGGCGCCGCUGAGUGAAUUAAUCGGCCGGCAGAAGGUCUUCGCCAUCUCGUACCUGGGUCUCGCGGUGUUCUGCGCCGCCGCGACCGGGUCGCGCAACUCGUGGACACUCGUCAUCCUUCGGUUUUUUGCGGGCUCGUUUGGCUCGUCGCCCCUCACCAACGCGGGCGGUCUCAUUGCGGAUAUCUUCCCCGCGGAGGAGCGGGGGCUGGCGAUGAGUCUGUUCGCGGGCGCACCGUUCUUGGGACCUACCAUCGGCCCCAUCAUCGGCGGCUUCCUGGGCGAAAGUGCGGGCUGGAAAUGGGUGCAGGGGCUCCUGGCCGCCUUCUCAGGCCUCAUCUGGCUCAUUCAGUGCCUCAUGAUCCCCGAAACCUACGCACCCUUACUGCUCCGCGCGCGAGCCGACCGGCUGUGCAAGGUGACCGGCAAGACGUACAUCAGCAAGCUGGACCGGGAGCGGGGGCGGGUGUCCGUGGCCAACGCCUUCGGCGCGGCGCUGCUGCGUCCGUGGGUGCUGCUCUUCGCGGAGCCCAUCGUGCUGCUGCUGUCCCUGUACAUGGCCAUCGUCUACGGUACGCUGUACAUGCUCUUCGACGCAUUCCCCAUUGUCUUCCAGGAGAUCCGCGGGUGGAGCGAAGGGAUCGGCUCGCUGCCGUUCCUGGGGGUUAUGGUGGGCAUGAUGUCGGCGGUGGUCUACAACAUGUACGACAACAAGCGCUACAAGCGCCUGCACGCGCAAUACAAGGGCUUUGCGCCCCCGGAGACCCGGCUGCCCCCGACGAUGAUUGGGGGGAUCACGAUCCCGAUCGGCUUGUUCUGGUUCGCGUGGACCAACGGGCCCUCGGUGCAUUGGAUCGUGUGCAUCAUUGCGGCGGCGCCUUUUGGCUUUGGAAUGGUGCUGGUCUUCUUGAACAUCAUGUCGUAUCUGAUUGACUCGUACACCAUUUAUGCGGCGUCCGUGCUGGCGGCCAAUUCCAUCAUCCGGAGCUGCUUCGGCGCGGGCUUCCCCUUGUUCACCACCUACAUGUACCAUAACCUGGGCAUCCACUGGGCUUCCUGUAUCCCGGCGUUUUUGUCGCUGGCGUGCUUGCCGUUCCCCUUCAUCUUCUACAAGUAUGGGGCGGCCAUUCGACGGAAGUGUAAGUAUUCGGCUGAGGCGGAUGCGUUUAUGCGCAAACUGGCCGAGAAGACACUGCACCAUCCAGAGAAGGAGGCGGAGGCGGAGGAAGAAGAGGCGGAGGCGGUCGCGGAUGGACUGGAUGUCACAGCGAUAGACCAGGAGUUAGAUCUGGAGCGCGGGCUCUCCGUGUCCACAGACGGACCCUCGCCUCGGCAGUACGAGGCCAACCCGUACGACAUCGACCGAGUGAAUACGUGCAACUCCGCCAUCACGCAGCGGUCGCGGUCUCGGUCCGUGCGGUCCAAGCGGAAGAAGUGGGGGGGUUUCUAG